AUGUCUGACACCUACAAGCCAACUGAGCACGGAGGUAUGAAGGAGGACGGAACUCCAGACAAGCGUGUCGGUACCGGCCAAUUCGCUCAGGGCAAAGUCGACCCCCAUGAAGCCGGCGCUCAGGGCGGAAAGGCCUCAGGCGGCAGCGCAAACUACGAUGAGGAUGAUGACUCCACCUCCGGUAACUCUGGUGGAAAGGGGGGAAAGGGUCAAUUCGCUGGCGGAAAGGUUGAUCCCGUUGAGGCUGGAAGAAAGGGUGGAAAGUCUUCAGGGAAUUCUGAUGAAUAG